ACGUGCAUGAUAAUUUCUGACAGUAUUUGAAUUUCAUUUUUCAAUUCAUAUGUCUAUUCGGCUCAAAAAGCCAAUUAUUUUAUAAAAUUACAAAGCACCACCGUCAUUUUUGUUCCUAUAACCUGUGAGCAACGAAUUAAACGUGGUUUAUUGUAAUAUAACGUGCAAUUUACAGCGAUAAACUUUUACUCAAUAAUGGGAAGCAGUGGUCAAUUGUAUAGCCUGUCUUGGGGAGAGUUUAGUUCAUCACUUGCUUCUGCGGUACAAUUAUUAAGAGGUCAUGGAGAUCUGGUUGAUGUUACAUUAGCCGCUGGUGGACGCAGUUUCCCUGCACAUAAAAUUGUUCUUUGUGCAGCUAGUCCUUUUUUAUUGGAUUUAUUAAAGAGCACACCAUGUCAACAUCCAGUAGUUAUGUUAGCUGGUAUAGGAGCAGAUGAUUUGGAAUCAUUGUUGGAGUUUGUGUAUCGUGGUGAAGUGAGCGUAGAACCUUCUCAACUACCCUCACUCCUUCAAGCUGCUCAUUGUCUUUGUAUUCAUGGAUUAACACCUCCUACUAUAUUGACUGAAAAUGGGGAAGAGGUGCCUGUAUCAGCAAUACCAACAACAAAUGAAACUUUAUCAAAAGAAAGCAUUAGUCCAUAUUUUCCAUUGAAACGAAGAAAAAAAAGAAGAAAGUCAUCUUCAUCUUCUGGGAAAUGGCCACGUAAUGCCAAUACUGCUGAUAAUGAAAAUAGGACUAUAGAUGGAAGUGAUAAUAGCCGUUCAGCUAAUUAUGAGCAUAAAGAUGAAGAUAAUACGGAACAUGGUGAUGAUACAGCAAAUGAUCGGUUGGAAUAUUCGAAUCACCGGAAUUGUCACUCGCCACGUGCUCAAGAAGCGCAGCCAGUGUCGACAGAAAAUUCUCAGGCAGGAACACAUCAGGAUCAAAUAUCGGACAAUGAAUCGCACCUUCACACUUUAAUGCCAAUGCAGCCAUAUUCUCCACUACAUAUACCGCAAUUUCCUGGUCCCUUAAAUAUGGGCUUUCCUCCUGGUAUACCACUCCCAUUAGUUACUCAGGGUACAACUGCUGGAACAGCGUCUUGUGGGCUGACAGGCAAUAUGAAUUUGUCUAAAAUACGUGGUGCAUCCGACUGUCCAGGCGUUUGUCCAUUAUGUGGUGCUACGUUACGGCAAGCGAGAAAUUUACGUAGACACCUAUUAUCCUCUUGCAAAUAUCGAUUUAGUAGUAAUCCGGUUCAGAGUUCCCCAGCUGAUACAAUGAUGAUAGAAGUAAAACCUGAAGUCGAGUUAUCGAGUUACAAUGAGCAGUCAAUGACGUAUGGAACUGAUAGUGGAAGUAGUACCUGUGAGCAAAUAAUUUGUAAGCCCAGUCCACUUCCUUCACCAACAUCACAGGGACCGAAUGUUGUUUCCCCUCAAAGCAACGUUCCGUCUCCAACUAUCGCUAGAUGAAUGUACAGGAAGAAAUUGGAAGCGAAGAUAUAAUGCGAACAGGAUGUUUCCACUCUGUUAUUGUGAUUUAGGAACUGUUUUGUUUCUUGUCGCUAAUUCGUUUUAUAACGUAUGUUACAAAUUUACUUUAAGCGAGCGUAUUUUUUUUUUACUUAUCGCUUUAAUGUACUUAUGCGAAUUUAUGUUCAAACUAUUGUUUGCGUUGUUUAAGGACAGAAAUAAUGAAUUGAUAUCGUUUUGUAAAAUUCAUCAGAAUGAAUUGAUUGUUAUAUUAUACGAAUAAUUUAUUUCAUACUCUUAUUUUAUUAUUUUUUUAUUGAAUCUUUCUUGUUACGAUUGGUAUGAAAUUAACUUGAAACAGGACGUUUAAAACGAAGUUAAAGUAUACAAAAAUCUUCCACGUUAGUAAGUAAGAACAGUAUCUUUAGGGUUAAUGGGAAUAGUCGAUGAAAAAUUAUGCCUAGUGAAAGCGGUGGUAUAAGAAUAUUGCAAAAUACUUCUAAAUUUUCGAUAUCUUUCAAAUAUUCACUCACGCAAUAACUAUGUGUGAUCAGUUUUAUAUAAACUUAUUGAAUUACGAAUCUAUCUUCGAAGCUUAUUUUUCUCAUUUCUUUUGCCAAUAAAAUAUCAAAUUAAUAUUUUAACAUAUGCGCAAGUAGAAUUCGGAUUUCUGUUGUUGUACGUGUUGUAUGUGUUUGAAAAUAAGCGGUAUCAAUAAUCAAACACAGUAUCAAUAAUAAUAUUGAGGUUUAAACGAAAUCUCGCUUUUAUUCACUUUUGUAAUAAGGACAUUAAUGAACAGAAAUUCCAGUUUCUACUUAAAUAAUUUAUAUCUGUAUACAUUUUUUAUCUUUUUAAAAUAUUGGCAUGCGUUUUAUUUAGAAUAUCAGAAUCGAUUAUUAGAUGUAAAAAAAUCGAUAACAUGAAUUAUGCUUAAUUAAUAAAUAACGGACUCAUUUGACAAAAUAGCAAAGGGUUAUUUUAUCAUAGACUGUAUACUUUUAAAUAAAAGAAUCUCUACAGGUCAUA